UGUGACGUCACUAACAUCUAUUUAGCCGCCAUAUUGGGCUUCACAUUUAGAGUCUUGCACACGACCCACAAAAACGAAGAUUUGUGGACUUUCAACCGGGACAUUUAAGCGUGAAUUGUUCUUACAUGAGUGAAGUUGGGUGUUAAUACACUUUCCCGUAGUUGGCAACUCCGCUAGAAGUGAAGUGUACAUCGUAAUUUGCCUGUCUGAGCCCGCAGUCUGUCUACAGAACAAAGAGAGGCCACUUUAUGCAUUUCAAGUUCGUGUACCAUCGUCGUUCAACUUGGAAAGUGAAAAUGUGUGUCAUGCACAGAUUUUGUGUCGUCUGCUACUGUCUGUGUCUGCUAUGUUCCCAAUGCAGAUCGGAUGAGGAUGCCAGCAGGAAUCACUUGUCUAAUUCCACGCAGACGGGAGCUUCGAAACCACGUGACCAACACGUGAAAAACGUGAGUCGCCAUCAUAUACACAAACAUGACAACAUUGAAACCUAUGGAAAUAACUCCUUACGAGAGGGUUUGUAUUUUGCGAGAAAAGUAUUCCAAAAGUUUGGAAAAGAGGAUGAACUCACAAUUGUAAGUUUCAAAAAACUUCUUGAUGAUUUGGAAAUAUUUUCAUCAGAACAAAACAAUUCCCAUGUUCACCAUGAUCAUAUCAAUAACAAUGAGAAUCAUAAUCAUAAUGACGUCCAACACAGUAGUGAACCAAAGACAGAACACAAUCAUGAUAUAGAAAAUCACAAACACGAUGAAGAUGCAGAUAAAACUGCAGUGGAUGGUCACGAGCAUGUGGAUCAUUCCGGUAUUUUUCCAGAUGGACCAACCACCAAUAAAACAGUGCCACAUGAAAGUGAGAGACGUGAUGAUAUUCAAGGGGAAAUGGUGAAAAGAGAUGUGACGGCCCAUCAUGAGGGGGAUCACACGGACUGUCUAGAUUCAAGAAAGCUGCUAGAUAUUUAUCAUUUAGCAAAUAAGAAAAGUUUGACUUUGGAGCAGUUCCUCCAUAUCUCCCCUGCCGUGAUCUAUCAGCUGGACAACCCUGGUUGCCGGACCGCUGGCCACCGGGCCACUGGCCACCCUGCACACACCAUGGAGGUGAUCGGCUUCACCGAGAUUCCUGCUGCAGUGUGGGGGUACAGCACCCUGGCCGUGGUCAUCAUCAGUCUGGUUGGCCUCCUUGGUGUGGCCGUCAUCCCAAUCAUGCAGAAAGUCUUUUAUAACCAUAUGUUGCAGUUCCUCAUAGCGCUGGCCGUUGGUACCUUGACUGGGGAUGCGUUGUUGCAUCUUCUUCCUCAUGCAAUUAUUGGACACCGUCUGCAUAACCAUGACAACCACGGUGCUGAAGAAAAUGGUUUGAACAGUGAGGAUAUGCAUAAGACCGCAGUAUUUAAGGGAUUGUGUGGUCUUGCAGGGAUGUUUUUCUUUUUUGUGAUGGAAAGGAUCUUGACAAUAGUCACUAACAUUAAAAGGAAACGAAAGCUAAACACCAGAAGGACUUUGUCUGCCAAACAAAAAACAGUCUGUAAGGAUGAUAGGAGCCACAUUGCCAAAAAACUUUCUGCCUAUGAUGAACCAGAUUAUCAGUCAUGUGAAGAAAUGGUCAUGGUUGUUCAUCCAAACAAGUCCCUGAAGGGCUUUGCUGAUGAAACCCAUCAUAAAGUAUUUCAUACCAACCAUGACAGUUGUCGACCCAAAGAAGACGAACACUCCCAUUCCAAUCCCAAGAGUGCUGAAGAAGAGGGCAUGCUGUCAUCUCUCCCACAUUCCCACAGCGGCCAUUCACACCACGGACAUUGUGAAAUGUUGAGCAACUCUGUGGCGUCCAUUGCCUGGAUGGUCAUCCUUGGGGACGGCAUCCACAACUUCAGUGACGGCCUGGCUAUCGGAGCUGCCUUCGCUAACAGCAUCACUGGUGGCUUCAGCACUGCCGUCGCUGUCUUUUGUCAUGAACUUCCACACGAGAUCGGGGACUUCGCCGUGUUGUUGAGGGCGGGCAUGUCAGUCAAGCAGGCUGUGGUCUAUAACUGUGUCUCCUCCCUGCUCUGUUUUGUUGGUAUGCUCAUCGGUGUUGCCAUUGGCAACAUUCAUGAAGCUUCAGAAUGGAUUUUCGCAUGUGUUGCAGGAAUGUUCAUAUAUAUUGCUACCGUGGACAUGUUGCCGGAAAUGACAUCCGUGGACACGAAGCAAGGGGAGCACCCGUUCUGUCAUCUCUUCCUGCAGUGCUUCGGGAUGCUUCUCGGGGCAGGAAUAAUGCUCCUCAUCGCCUUCUACGAAGAUGACCUGCUCACUGUUCUGGGUGGCUAGGCAAGAUUGAACUUUGUGAUGGGUUCCAAAUGCAAUGAUUUGAUCAUGUUGUCCAGUGCAACGAUAGGCAAAGAAUUUGUUAUACCUGUUCUAUAAAAAGAAACUGCAGCUUAGUUUCGGCGAAAAAUGAUAAUUUUCAUUUAUUUGAUUAGAAUGAUAGCAAUGUUCUCAUUAGCUGAAGUAAGAGGUGUUUUGUGUCUUUGUAGUAUGAAUCACGGUUCCUCUGUUCUGUCUGUUCUUGCUGUGUACUGGGGAAUCCUGACUUUGGGUUCCUGAAACUGCCAUGGUAAUGACCAUGUCACGGUCAACACAAGCUACUCAAUCCUUGGCCCAUCUGGUCCACAGCAUCAUAAAAUUAUUUUUGUUUAACAGAAAUGUAUAAAAAAAAUAUUGCUGCAAAUGCAGAAAUUCACUUAUGACUUGUACCAAAUGCCUGUGUGGUACAGUGGAAUCUUCUUCAAUUUGAACUUGGGAACUCAGCACACUAUGUUCCACAGGACUUCAAGUUGUUGAUGUUGCAGUUUAUUCCAUGGUUUAAACCAGCUGAGCUACUGAAUAGAGCUUCAGACAGCAAGGACGUAUUGAUGAUGGUUGAAACUGAUGUUAUAAUUAAAACUGGUUCUGAAUGUCUGAUACCUGCAUGUCAAAAUUAAAAUUUACAGGAAUGUGAUCAAAUUGGUAAUGUAGGACUUAGAUAAGUUGAAGUAUUCUUUCAGGUUCAGUUGUUGGUAAUAGACAAUAGGAUUAUAUUCCCAAACUGUUUAUUCUGUGGAGUCAAAUAUUGUAAUUGUCUUCAGCUCCGGCAAUAAUUGUACAUCUGUUACAAGAGAAAUUGCCAUCCUCAUUGGCCGCUGUGUAUGUCAUCUGAUUAUUACCCGCAUUUCAGGUUUUUAAGCCUCAUAUUAACUAUGGUUGACCAGAUCAUCUCCAAUAAUACUGUGGGCUGUGCCUGAUGUAAACUAUUUAAAACAAAUUGUUUAAUGGAAUCAGCUGAACCUGAUAUUGAAAAGUGAAAGAUUAGAUCUGAAAAAAAAAUCAAAGAAAAACUAAUGUAAAAAUCUGCAAACUAAAAGAUACAAAGUCUGGCCUUAGCAGAAAAGUAGCACUUUAGUGUCAGCCUCAGGUUUACGCCAGAGCAGACCCUUGGUACAUUAGAUAGUGCAAGAGAAUGAAAGAAGAGAAUUGUGCAGUGUGUGUGUGACUGGUUAUGUAUUAGAUAUAUAAGAGAAUGAAAGAAGAGAAUUGUGCAGUGUGUGUGUGACUGGUUAUGUAUUAGAUAUAUAAGAGAAUGAAAGAAGAGAAAUGUGCAGUGUGUGUGACUGGUUAUGUAUUAGAUAUAUAAGAGAAUGAAAGAAGAGAAAUGUGCAGUGUGUGUGUGACUGGUUAAGUAUUUGAUAUAUUAGAGAAUGAAAGAAGAAAUAUGCAGUGUGUGUGUGACUGGUUAAGUAUUAGAUAUAUAAGAGAAUGAAAGAAGAAAUGUGCAGUGUGUGUGUGACUGGUUAUGUAUUAGAUAUAUAAGAGGAAAGGUGUUGAGCUGUUCGCUGCUAAAUUACACGUGGCGAAGGAGCCUGUGAAUCAGCAGUAUUUUCAUGAACCUGAAUAUCAGGUACAUGUUAUUGGACAGCAAUUCUUGUCUUCUAGUUUUAUUGUUUCAUGUACAUAUAUGCAAUGUCUCCACACCCUUGUCUGUCUGUCUGUCAGCUCAUUUCGGUCCUGUGUUUUUUUAAAAUAAUCAGAAUUGGGGAUAAAACAUCCAGUCAGUCUAGAUUAGUACUAGUCUUGGACUAAUGGGCUAGUGGGCGUCUCUAGCCUUGAGUUUGGGUUACUGAGAUUUGCCUCAGUGUUCACAGUGGUUCAUAUUUGGCCCAGGUCCACAGGAAACGUUAGCAAUAAUCUCAAAUUGGAAUAAAAUACUUCCCAUUUCAGGUAUCAGAUUUGUAACUGAUGUUUUAGAUGCACAUUAGACUUGUAUUUCCCUGCAAACAGAAUCCAUGCGGAUGAGAAGGUUUACUGCCUUGUUUCACAUUUCUCUAUUGAGUGCAUCAUUGAGAAUUUAUAUGUGAAUUUAAUGAUUUUCCAAAAUAUGGACAGAAUAAUGAUUCUUUAUUCACACAUGAUCUUUCAGGUCAGUUUCAGUCCAGCUCAGUCUAUCUACAGCCAUAUUGUCCAUCUCUAGAUGUGUCAUGCUGACUGACGUUCAUCUGUCCUAGCCAUUAACAUUUACAAUUUAUCGGAAAUCACAAUGUUGAGGAAUGUCAAACUUUGCAAGCUUUAACAUCUGCUCAGCAGCCAUAUUGAAACUUAUGUAUUUUCUCCUUAUUCAUGCUGCCAUUUUGGUGUGCAUCAUUGUGAAAUUUGAUGUGCAGUCAAUUUGUGAUAUGUUCAGAACUAGAAUAUGUUUUUUGGCAUAUUGAUUCUUCUGCCUGCUGUUGCCCUGGACUCUCACACAGCUGUUUACCUUGGCUGACUGCAUGUUUCUCUUCUCUAAGCAAUGGUGUAAGAAUGGAUCUAAUUGUGGUAAAAACAUUAAACAUGGCUGCUACUU